CGUACCGACCCAACGUUAGCAGCAGCAUUUCCUGCUUGCUCUUUCCACUUGAAGCAAUGGCAGAAGUCAGGGCUUCCGUGAUUUGUGGAGUUCUAGCAGCUUUCUUGAGCUCAUCGGUGUUUGGUUUUGUUGAAGAUCUCGAUGAAACGUUUAAAGACACCAGGGAAAAUGACAUCUGGCUGGUUGAUUUCUACGCUCCGUGGUGCGGUUACUGUAAAAAACUCGAGCCGGUAUGGUACGACGUGGGAGCAGAGCUGAAAAGCUCGGGGUCACCGGUGCGUGUUGGGAAGAUGGAUGCCACUGCUUACUCAGGAAUGGCUUCAGAGUUUGGUGUUCGAGGCUAUCCAACAAUAAAGCUGUUAAAGGGCGACCUUGCCUACAGCUACAAGGGACCCAGAACAAAAGACGAUAUUGUGGAGUUUGCCAACAGGGUGGCAGGACCAGCCGUCCGGGCUCUUCCCAGCAAGCAGAUGUUCGAACACAUGUUGAAGAGACACGAUGUUCUUUUUGUGUACGUCGGUGCAGAGUCUCCUCUUAAAGAGAAGUACAACGAUGCAGCGUCUGAACUUGUUGUUUAUACUUACUUCUUCUCAGCUUCAGAGGAAGCUGUGCCUGAGUCCAUGUCUUUGCCAGAGCUACCCGCAGUCGUCGUCUUCAAGGAUGGAUCCCACUUUACUUAUGAUGAGUAUGAGGACGGCAGCCUGUCGUCGUGGGUGAACAAGGAGCGCUUCCAGGGAUACCUUCAUAUUGAUGGCUUUACCUUGUAUGAGCUUGGAGAAACAGGUAAAUUGGUGGCAGUUGCGAUCAUCGACGAGAAAGACCCCACAGAGCAGAGCGGCAGAUUAAAGACCUUGAUGCAGCGGGUGGCGAAGGAAUACAGAGAACAGUUUAACAGAGACUUCCAGUUUGGCCACAUGGAUGGGAACGACUACAUUAAUGGCCUCAUUAUGGGGGAGGUGACAGUGCCUUCCGUUAUCAUCCUCAACACAUCCAACGAGCAGUACUUCAUGCCCAGCGAGCUGAUUGAGAGCAUGGACCAGCUGGUCCAAUUCAUCAGCAGCGUUCUGAACGGUUCUGCACAGGCAUACGGCGGUGAUGGCUUCAUCCAGCGGUUCAAGCGUGUGGCCUAUGAUGCCAGAUCCACCAUCAUGUCCGUGUUUCGCAGCUCUCCUCUGCUGGGCUGCUUCCUGUUUGGCCUCCCGCUCGGCGUAAUCAGCCUGAUGUGCUACGGCAUCUGCACGGCCGAAUCAGACGAUGGCUUGGACGAAAAAAGGGAGGGGCUCACCGACGAAGAGGAAGAAGAGGACGAUGAGGAAGAGGAGCAACAGCGACAAGCCGCUGAGCUGGAAGGCCCUGGAGAGGAGGAGGAUGUAGGAGAAAAGGAUCCCGAAGAGAAGAAAACAGAUUAAUGCAGGAGCACACGGCAGACGGAGGAUGAUUGGCUCAGUCAGUGACAUGAAACUCAAAGACGUGUGUGUGAUGCUACUUUGCUGUUUUAUGUUUCAUCUCACUACCACUCAAAGCCCCUCCAGCACCGACUCGUCCUCUACCUUUGAGUUCUGUGUGUCGUUUGCUGGACUGGCUGCCUGGCGAAGCCUCUGAGUAAAAAAAAAAAAAAAAAACAGCCUAUUUGGUUACAGAGAGUCAACAAAAUUUACAAGAAGGGAUGGCUGUGAACACAUCACCUUAUUUAUUGAUAUCCAAUCAUGUGAUAGGUUUCACUUGGCCAGAUAUAGUUAGAUCAUUCAAAAACCACUAAAAAAAAAACAUCUUUUUUUUUGUCAUGUCCCAAAGCGUUUUAUUUUUUCCCUGUUUUAAAAUAAUAACGUUAUGACAUUUGAAACUGAUACAUCUUGCCUUCGAAAUCUACUAGGAAACGAUGAGGUAGUUGUGUUUCUGUCCAUCUACCUGCAGCGCUUUGCGAAAAGUAUUAACACCUCUUGAAUUUUUUUCACAUUUUUCAAAUAACUCCACAAACGUCAUUGUGUUAUAUGAGGAUUUUUGUGGUAGGUGAGCACAAUUACUAUUAUUAAUAAUUAUUCCAGCUUUGUACAUGUGAAGAGGACAUUUUUGCUUUUCUUUGCUAAACAGCUCAGGCUCAGACUGGAUGGGAGAGUCUGUGAACAUCAAUUAGAUGCUGGUCUGUUCUGAGACAUGGAUUUGAUCUGAAUCGUUCUGUUGUAGCUGUUGUAGGGAUUGUUUUGGGCUGCUAUGAACAAUCUUGCCACAAUUCCACAAAGGCACAAAGGUCUGAUAACAGAUUCUCCCACCUGAGCUGUGGAACUCUGCAGCUCUCCCAGAGGUAACCACAGACUUAUUGUUGGUCUUUCUAAUAGGCUUUCCUGUACCUAGGCUGUCAGAUUAGGCAGCUAUCCAUGUGUUUGUUGCAGUUCGACUCUUUUCACUUAACAGUGACUUCUGAAGGCAUUUGGGCUUGCGUUAUUUUUACUAUACUAUAUUUUUUACUUAUGCAGACGAUUUCAUUUUUUAAAUUAGGAAAGUGUCAAUAUUAUGUAAACAAUUUUCUUUCACAAAAAAUCCUCAAAAAUGCUCUGAAUUUUGUUGGCAGGUGUCAAAAUGGGGAGAAAAGGUCAAGGUGUAUUAAAACUUUUGGAAGGCACUGUAAACUGAAGGUGAUGUUGUUAAUAUGUUUAGAGAGAAAAAGAAGUGCCCAGGAAAGAGGACCUGCCAUAAGUGAAAUGUGCUUUUUUUGUACUGUAUGACAUUGCCUGAAAACAUUUCUUCUCGCUGUUCUUGAACGGGUGCAAAGUGCAGAGACAGUCUUGCAUUUAGCCUAUUUUUCUGUCAGCCACCUGUCCAUUUGGGUUGCAAAAUGACGAGAAGCGCUUGAAUGGUAAUUUGUAUCACUCUUCGUGAUGCCAAAAAUAGGUGCGAUUUCUUUCUUUUCUUUUUUCUCUCCCCCUUUUUAAAAAUCCAUUUCCACCCAAAAAUGACCAACCUACUGAAAACAUCUUGUAUAGAUGGGUUCUACCUGUCAAGCAAAAGCCAUAACAUGCAUCAAUGGCUCCUGUGGCUCUCCUAACAACUCUUAUUCCUCAAACAGACAGGAGCUGUCUGUUGGCAUGUUUCAUUCUGUCCUCCAUCACUGGUUUCUUUAUACAAUUUGCCUGGCAGGUGAAAGUUUACAUUCAGUGCUGUGACAUGCACACUGAGCAUAAGAAAUAUGAGGACCCUUUUUUUGUUACAUCCCAUUUUAAACUGGUCUCAAGGUUAUCUUCGUCUUGCUUUUGUUUCUUUGACUAAAAAUUGUGAAUUAGAUGAAACUCUUUGCAGGUUAUGGCUUCAUUUUUGUUUUGUUUUUGACUUAUUUUAUGUUUUUGUUUUUUAGGAAAAAUGCACAAAUGUCGUGUUUGGACCUUGAGAUAAACUUUAUUGCUUUGAAAACAUACAAGAGCCCAGAAAAUAACUUUAUUGUUUCCUAGAAAUACCAGAGCGGAACAUUUUCCAGCCUGUCCUGUUUUGAACUUUUUGGAAAAGCUUACCUAAUUUUUGUUUGGAAAUUGGGAGAAUAAAACUUAAAAUUAUCUCUGUGGAAACCGAGGACAGUUACAGUAUGAACAUCUUUAUUAGUGUACUGAAAACAGCUGACCCUGCUAAUAGAUAAAAUCUGCUCACCAACAGCAAAUAAAGUCAAAUAAACCAGAAUUUAAAGUGCUGUUUAAACUUGUUAAAACACAAAUCUAGACUUAUCAGGAAAAGCAGGCCUGAUUUUUUAUUUUUUUUAUUUUAUUUUUUAACAGAUGGAGGUCAUCUGUAAUCUCUACUGUGAAACUGAGCUUCCCUUGCCUUUGGUCUUUGUAGUUGCCUACUGUUCUUCAGCAAAUUUUCCUCUUUGAGUGUGAACUGAGAUUGUGUAACUUUAUUAAAGAUUUAAAUAAAGAUUUUCCCCUUUUU